UUUGUCAGCUGACUGGCAAGCGUCCUGGCGGUGGUGGGCAGGAGUUGGGGAGAGAAUUCAUGGAAAAAACACCGAUAUAAUAUUUUGUUUGCCGAGGAAUGUUCCCAAUAGUUAAAUUUAUGAAUGCCGUCAAGAAAACACUGCUCAAGGAAGAACGCUGACCAGAGUGGAAUGAGUGUGAGUGCCCGCUGGCCAGCCCUCCACGUGGUGCUUGGGAACGAGUCAUGUGACCUGGACUCCGCCGUCAGCGCCAUCGUGUACGCCUUCCUCCUCCACUCCCUGCAGAAUGGAGAGGAGGCGGUGGGUGUGGUGCCCGUGCUUAAUAUACCUGCCAGCGAGUACCCGCUCAAGACGGAGGUGACCCACUGGCUGCAGAAACACGGCAUCCUGCAGAACUCCCUCAUCUUCAGGGAUGAAGUGAAUCUGAGUCGCCUUCAAGACGGCGGCUCGCUGAGAGUGACCCUCGUAGACCACCACGUGCUGCCCCCUGCCGACGCCUACCUGGAGUCCUCGGUGGUGGGCGUGCUGGACCACCGCCCCCUGGACCCCAACGCCCCGACCAACGAGAGAGUGACGAUGAUAGUGGAGCCCGUGGGGGUCAUGCUGUACCCUGGUGGCGGAGCAGGUGAUGGCCAAGAACCCCGCCCUGCUGGGACCCCGUCACCGCCAGCCUCCUGUAUGGCACCAUCAUCCUGGACACCGUGCUUGGAGGUGUUUCAGGAGCUGACGGAGGCCAAGGCUGACGUGUCUGGCCUCACCUGCGACCAGCUGCUAAGGAAGGACGUGAAGGUGGCGACUGGGGGCGGUCUGUGUGAUUUUCUGGGGAGGAGUGAGGGCGGGAGGUGUCUGGCGGAGCACCUGGCGACGCAAGGCUACCAGAUGCUGCUGGUCCUGGGCAUCACCAUCACGCAGGAGACGGUGACGAGGGACCUGGCGGUGUACUGUCCCGAUACGCACCUCAGAGAGCAGGUGACGUCAGCGCUGGUGGAGGGCCAGGGCGGGGUCCUCCAGCUGGCGCCGCAGGAGUGUGACGGCGUGGAGAGCUGCGUCGCCUUCCGCCAGGGCAACGUGGGCGCCUCCAGGAAGGUGGUGAUGCCUAUCCUGAAGGCAUGGCUGGCGACGAGGACAUCUUAAAGUACUUACUGGCGUACACACACACACACACACACACACCACACACACACACACACACACACACACACACACACACACACACACACACACACACACACACACACACACGUGACUAGCAGCAGAUGUCCUUCUAAGUACUUAAAGUCACACACACACACACACACACACACACACACACAACACACACACACACACACACACACACACACGUCAGAAAUCACCAGCAGCAGCUUCCCGGUGUGUGUUUAGGUCUAAGGUGUUGGGUGUUUUCUGUGUGGGUUGUUGUUUUUCUUUUUAUCAUUAUUACUUUUCUCGCGUGCAAUCUCCAAAUUUUGAUUCAGAGUUUAGCUACAAGCUCUUUUGUUAUUUUUUUAGUUGUUGUUGUUGCUGUUGUUGUAGCUUUGUGACUACUCACUAACCUUAUUUUUAUUGUUUUAAAAAGAGAUUAAAAAUAUAUAUACGUACUUAAAUAAC